GCGGCCGUAAAGCGCGGAAGGUCAGGCCGGCCUCCUUCUGCCCCAGGUGAGCCGGCGCGGCCCCGCCGAGCCCGGCCCGGCCCCGCUCCGCGACCCCGGCGCGCCCGCCGCCGCCUCCGCGCCCUCACUCCCCUCCCGGCCGCCCCGCAGCGCGGGGUUCGGGGGCGCCGGCGGGGGCGAGCAGGCCGAAGCGGGGCCCCCCGGCCCGGGGCUCCCUGACACCCCGCGCCCUGACACCCCCGGCCCUCAGGCUGCCGACACGGACCGGAGGCUGCGGGUGGGGGAACCUCCGGUGCUGCUGCUGCGGGAGCUGCCGCAGCGAGGCCCUGGGGUAAAGCUUGUGGUAAAGCUGUUCCCGGAGGGGCCUCUCCAGUGCCCUGUGCCAGUUACUCUGACCGCAGACUUCGUGUCCUUCUUCAGAAGGAGUGGUGCUGUGGUAACAUCUGAACACAUCUAGGUGGUGCUUUAGGAAAAGAGACAAAGAGCUGCCGGGAUGUUUCUCCGAUUGCUGUCCGAUAUCCAGUGGCGGGCAGCUCACCCGAAAUGGAGGAGAAUGACCGGCUCCCAGAGAAGCACCUCAACUACAGCAGAGCCUCACCCCGUGUCCCUGCCAGCGCAGGCACAGGUUGUCAUCUGUGGUGGUGGAAUCAUGGGCACCUCUGUGGCCUAUCACCUUUCCAAGAUGGGCUUUAAGGAUAUAGUCUUACUUGAGCAGGGCAGGUUGGCUGCUGGCACCACUCGCUUCUGUGCUGGCAUUGUGAGCACAGCCAGGCCCGUGUCCAUAGAGCUGAAGAUGGCACACUAUUCAAACAAGCUCUACCAGCAGCUGCAACAGGAGACAGGAGUGCAAACAGGGUACAUGAAGACAGGCUCUAUUUCACUGGCUCAGACUCAGGACCGACUGAUCUCUCUGAAGCGCAUUGCUUCAUCGCUGAACGUAAUGGGAAUACCAUGUGAAAUUAUCAGCCCAAAGAAAGUGCUACAGCUCCACCCACUCAUCAACAUCCAUGACCUUGUGGGGGCCAUGUAUGUGCCAGAAGAUGCACUCGUGUCGUCUGCCAAUGUGAGCCUGGCUCUGGCAACUGCUGCCUCACGGAAUGGUGUCCAGAUUCACGAGCGGACGAGUGUCAGUCAUGUCACAAUCCAGAAGGGUCGAGUGACUGGAGUCGAGACUGACAGAGGGCGGAUCCAGUGCGAGUACUUUGUCAACUGUGCUGGCCAGUGGGCCUAUGAGUUGGGCCACUCUGGGGAGGAACCAGUCCAUAUCCCAGUCCAUGCCUGUGAACACUUCUACCUCCUGACACAUCCUUUGCAGGAGCCUCUGUCAAGCAGCUUACCAACUAUUGUCGACCCCGACGGCAGGAUCUACAUACGCAACUGGCAGGGUGGCAUCCUCUCAGGAGGCUUUGAGAAAAACCCCAAACCUCUCUUCACGGAGGGACGGAACCAGCUGGAGAUCCAGAACCUUCAAGAAGACUGGGAUCAUUUUGGGCCGCUUCUGAGUGCCCUCCUGCGGAGGAUGCCAGGUUUGGAGGCUCUGCAGAUCAUGCAGUUGGUGAAUUGCCCAGAGUCCUUCACCCCAGACAUGCGAUGCAUCAUGGGAGAGUCGCCCACUGCACGAGGCUACUUUGUCCUGGCUGGCAUGAACUCAGCUGGCAUCUCGUAUGGUGGGGGAGCAGGCAAGUACCUGGCAGAGUGGAUAGUAAAUGGGUAUCCGUCGGAAAAUGUCUGGCCCUUGGAUCUGAAACGUUUUGGAACCCUUCAGAGCAGUCGCACUUUCCUCCGUCACCGUGUGAUGGAAGUCAUGCCCCUCAUGUAUGAUCUGAAAGUUCCCCGCUGGGACUUCCAGACUGGCAGGCAGCUGCGCACUUCACCGCUGUACGACCGCCUGGAUGCGCAGGGAGCCAGGUGGAUGGAGAAGCACGGAUUUGAGAGAGUCAAGUAUUUCGUCCCGCCUGGGAGUGAUCUGCUGGAUUUGGAUCACAGCAAAACCUUUUACAAACCAGACUGGUUUGAUAUUGUGGGUUCUGAAGUCAAGUGCUGUAAGGAAGCAGUUUGUGUUAUUGACAUGUCAUCUUUUACCAAGUUUGAAAUAAGUUCCACCGGAGACCAGGCCCUGGAGAGUCUGCAGUAUCUCUUCUCAAAUGACCUGGAUGUGCCAGUUGGGCAUGUUGUGCAUACAGGAAUGCUUAAUGAGAAAGGAGGGUAUGAGAAUGACUGCAGCAUAGCCCGGCUCAGCAAGCGCAGCUUCUUCAUGAUUUCCCCUACUGACCAGCAAGUUCAUUGCUGGGCCUGGCUGAAGAACCACCUGCCUGAUGACAGCAACCUGGUCCUAGAGGAUGUGACCUGGAAGUACACAGCUCUCAAUCUGAUUGGCCCCCGUGCUGUGGAUGUCUUGUCAGAGUUGUCCUAUGCCCCAAUGACUGCAGAACACUUCCCAUCUCUCUUUUGCAAGGAGAUGAGCGUGGGCUAUGCUAAUGGCAUCCGUGUGAUGAGUAUCACUCACACAGGAGAACCUGGCUUCGUGCUUUAUAUCCCCAUAGAGUACGCCCUCCACGUGUACAACGAGGUGAUGAACAUGGGACAGAAGUACGGCAUUCGCAAUGCCGGUUAUUACGCGCUCCGCAGCCUGCGCAUCGAGAAGUUCUUUGCCUUCUGGGGCCAGGAUCUGGAUGCUUUUACUACUCCUAUGGAGUGUGGACGCGAGUUCCAGGUCAAGCUGGAUAAGGGAAUGGAUUUUCUUGGCCAGGAAGCGCUGUUGGAACAGAAGCAGAACGGGGUGUACAAGCGCUUUACCAUGUUCAUUCUCGAGGACCACGACACGGAUAUGGACCUCUGGCCCUGGUGGGGGGAGCCCAUUUUCCGCAACGGCCGCUACGUGGGCAAGACCACCAGCAGCGCCUACAGCUACACCCUGGAGCGCCACGUCUGCCUCGGCUUCGUGCGCCACUUCGACGAGAAGACGGGAGAGGAGCUGGUGGUGACGACUGACUUCAUCAACCAGGGAGAGUACGAGAUCGACAUUGCCGGGCAGCGCUUCCAGGCCAAAGCCAAGCUCUAUCCCUUCAGCUCCCUCUUCGCACAGCGGCGCCGCAAGGAUGAGGUGGAACUGAGUGGCUACCAGAGGGAGUAGUGCUGAGUAGCCUAGACCUGCCCCUUGUCCCAAGCUGGAGUCUUUUCCCACCAUCUUCCAGCCCUUUCUCUUCACCUCAUAUAUUUCUUUAUUUUCCUUUCUUGUCUUGCAACUUUUAAACUUUUUCCAGUGUGUUACAUUUUGUAUAUUUUAAAACUUUAAUUUUCAAGCUUUCCCAACCCUGUCUGUCUCCCUCCUUCAACCCUUACCAGGCUCCCCCGUGUCCCAGUGGAUGAAGCACAGUGCUGAACAUGCAGGGAUGCCUGUGUAGACUGAACCCCACCAAAGGCCCUGGCCUUCUAGUGAUGGGAAGGGUUGGGGUGAAUCCCUGAAGACUGCACCCUUCCUCUCCUCUCCAGCAUAAGGCAUGGGACAGCAGAUCUUUGCUGCCUGUGGUUCAGGUGACGGCUGCCCUCAGCCUGCUCUCCACAUCCCGUGUGUUAGAGGGGUUGGUGUGUCAAUGCACACGGCAGUAGAACGAUCAGCUACCUCACUGGCAUGAGACAAAGCAUUGUGUGAGCACAGCCUAGAGACAGGUUUUGGUGUUGUCCGGCCUGUCACUGCCCUCCUUUGUCCACCAUUUUGGUUUUUCCCUAGCAGGGAGUAGAUUUAACAUCAGAGUAUUGAGAUGACAGUAGCGUUGGUAAGUGCAUUGUUGGUGGGAUUGAAUUUUUUGUGUGGGGUCACUGAAAGUAAAUGGCCUUCUAUAAAUAUAGUCAAAGAUCAACAUGUGCAUUUCACUUCUAUAAAGGAAUGUUGUUUUUUCUUUUUUAUUAGCAAGAAUACUGAUUUCUAACAAGGAUAAAUGUUAGUGUUUAAUGUUAAAUAGCAGUGUUGAAAGGCUGCUUCUGUUUAAGCUGCACAAUAUACAGUCUCUUUGGG